AGUGCAACCCUAGCCGAACCCUCCUCCCGCCGCCGCCGCCGCCGUCGCCGUUGCUGACGACGCCAUGUCGAAGCGAGGGAGGGGUGGGUCGGCGGGGAACAAGUUCCGGAUGUCGCUGGGUCUGCCGGUGGCGGCGACGGUGAACUGCGCCGACAACACCGGCGCCAAGAACCUCUACAUCAUCUCCGUGAAGGGCAUCAAGGGCAGGCUCAACCGGCUGCCGUCGGCGUGCGUCGGCGACAUGGUCAUGGCCACCGUCAAGAAGGGCAAGCCCGACCUCCGCAAGAAGGUCAUGCCCGCCGUCAUCGUCCGCCAGCGCAAGCCGUGGCGCCGCAAGGACGGCGUCUACAUGUACUUCGAAGACAAUGCAGGGGUGAUUGUGAAUCCUAAGGGUGAGAUGAAAGGCUCUGCCAUCACUGGACCCAUCGGUAAGGAGUGCGCAGACCUCUGGCCAAGAAUUGCUAGCGCAGCAAAUGCCAUUGUCUAGAGCUUGUUAUGGUAGUAGUAUCAGUUUGCAGUUGUGUACCCUGGAUAUGAGGAGGAUGUGAUGUAGUCUUUUUGUUUACCGGCAAGUUAACCUGAACUUGAAGCAACCUUCAGUUAAUUUUCAACAUGAAAUUGCCCAUUCUGCAUGCUGCUGGUUUACAUCA